AUGUCUCGACCGGGUCUCCUACAUCGGCCUUCCAGCAUCGCGGCAGUGAAUAAGAUUAUCAUCCUUGUUACUGGUGGGAAUGCAGGAAUAGGCUACGAGAUCGUCAAGAAGCUCGCAUCAGAGAAUUCCAAUUUCCAAGUCUUACUCGGCUGUCGAGACACUCGCAGCGGGGAAGAAGCAGCCGCGAGCAUGGGAGCGCCCAGGAAUGUCAAUCCCAUUCAACUCGACAUCACAGAUGACCAAUCUAUCGAGCACUGCUAUCUAGCCAUUCUACAGCACUUCGGCCGCCUGGACAUCCUGAUCAACAAUGCCGGCACAGCUGGUAGGCAACUCCCUGCUGACGCUACACUUCGCGAGAAGUACUACCUGACGUUCAACAUCAACGUGAUAUCGACAGGCGUAUUGACCGACAGGCUCAUUCCCUUGCUGGAAAAGUCCGAACGCCCCAAGAUCAUGUUCCUCACUUCAAGUCUGGGGAGUAUCCAGAAAACGCUGGAAGGAGGCAAGCCCGUCCCCAUACCGUGGUAUAAUUCAAGCAAGUCCGCCGUCAAUGCGCUCAUGGUGUAUUACGCCAAGCUGUACCCGAGUAUGAAGGUCAAUGCUGUAUGCCCGGGUCAGCGAGCGACGGAGUCGACGGGCAUCCAGCUGAGUGAAGAGACGCAUCCUAAGCACGGUGCCUUGAGGGUGGCCCAACUGGUGGCUGAGGGUGCAGGUGGGGUGACGGGAACGAAUUCGGACUCGAAUGGGACGAUACCGUGGUAG